ACUCCCCAAAGCACAUCCGCAGGUCCCAGCUUUUCCGUACCCCCGCUCCUGCCUCUGCCUCCGCCUCUGCUUCCCGCCUCUCGGUUCGCGCAGCUGCCAGCAGUAGCACCAGUACCAGCAGCAGCAGCAGCAGCGGUGGCAUCUCAUCGCCAUCAGCGACUUCUGUGUAGAUAUUUUUCCGUUUCGUUGCGGAGCAAAAAAACAAAAAGAAAAGAGAGUGACUAGUGACGAGUGGGCAGGCGAAAAAAAAGCAAUUGCGGAACUGAGUUUGCGAAAACGUGUUCAGGAAUCCUUUGCUUCGUCCGCUGCAUGCUCUUCCGCGUCCUGUCCAUAGCUGCUAUGUGGGCAUAGGGGCAGCCAGUUUAUGGCCAGUGUUUUCCGCGAGACGACAGCAAGGCUUCCAGCAACAAAUCCCUGCCAAAAUGCAUGGCUAUCCGGUGAUGCAGUUCGUGCAGUACAGCAUGCCGCCACCCUGCUCCUGGGUGCCCGCACCGCCCCCGUCCUCCGGCAAUGUGGAUGCCCAUCAUCGUGCCCAUCGCCAUGGAGCUGGCAUCAAGAAGUACGUGGUGUGGUGCCUCAUCUGCGGCGGCUUCAGCUGCCUGCUUGGCGUGCUCUUCCUGGGCGUCUACUUCCUGCUGCACUCGUACACCAUCACCGUGGGCAACUUUGAGACAGUGCCGACCUUUGUGCCUGCCACACUGCUCAUCCUCACGGGCAUCUGCAUCAUGAGCCUGGCCCGUCGAAGGAAUCGCUACAGCUAUUUGAUUAAGCUGUCGGGCGCCUGUGGCCUGGUAUCUGCCCUCACCUGUGCCUUGGUCACGGUUACCACCACCGUGCUGCACAUGAGUCGCCUGCAGGCGCUGCGGGAGUGCGAGUACGCCCAGAAGACGCGCACCUGCACCUGCUACUCGGACCUCAUCGAGUCCCAGGUGGAUCGGGUGGACAAGGAAGGAGUGCGUCUGGUGUUCGACUCUCUCUCCGAUUGCGGCGUUGUCCAUGGAUCGCUGUACUCCUGCCUGCGGGCCAUCUUCGGGCUGUCUGUGGCCGGAGUACUCAUCGCCGUCUUCAGCUGCAUGCUGGUCUACCAGCUGCUCAGCCAUGAGCGCAAGAAGAUGUACUGGGAGCAGCUGGAGCUGCGAUGCCGCUCCCUCUAUGCCAGCCAGGCGCCGCCACCCUCUCUGGGGGCUCUUGGGGCCCCCGGACGGAUGCUCAAUUGUCGCUGCUGCGAGCAGUGCCACGCCCAUCGGCAGAUGACGCUGCCGUUGCAGACAACCGCUUAUCCCUGGGACGAGGCCACGGUGGCGGCAGCGGCCGCGGCAGCCGGAGGCGGAGGAGCGGAGCAGCGCUUCUGGGCGGCACAGCCACCGGGAAACUUUUACUCGCCAAAUCCGGGCGGAGAGGAUCCCUCCGGACCGUGUCGCGGCGGAGAACGGGGAGCAGGAGGAGGAGGCGGACGAAGCAGCAGCGGCUGGAGCUGGCCGAGAAUGCCAUGGCAGCGCACUACUCCGGACACGGGAAGACGCUUCCGACAGGCAGCAGCCAGUCCGGACUCCCAGUACGGUUUCAGCUCGGCCACGGCCAUGGCGGCGGACGGCAAUCAGAUGCUGAUCGAGGAGCCGGCCGUGGGUGCCACCUACAAUGGCAUGCCGCCGCCCAACGCCUUGCCCUACGGAGUGUGGGGUCCGCCGCCGCCCUACAGCGAUCCCAACAGCCCCGCAAGGCGUGGCUACUACCAGUAUCUGCAGCCGGCGGCUUGUCUGGCUGGCAAUCCCUCAACCACAACGGUGGCGCUCACCCAGGAGCAGCUGCACCAGCAGGCGAUGCAGCACCAGCACCCACACGCACAUCCCCAGCAGCAGCAGCAGAUGCAGCUGCAGCUGCAGCGAAUCCAAGGCCAGUCGGCCACUCUGGAGCGGAUGGACGGUCUGAGCCUGAGUAGUAUGACUGGCAAUAUGACCGGCAUGACGUCCACACGAUCCUCCGCCUACAAGUCGAAGGUGGAGUACGAGAACACGCCCUCGGACAGCGACGGAGGCGGCAAUGCGAGGGAGAGGGAUCGCUGCUCCAACACGCUACCCACGCGCAAGCUGAAGAAGCGCAUCGAGGCAGGCACUGGGGCCAAGAGCAUCGGACCCCAGAGCAAUCCCAGCCAGCAGCGACCCAAUGUGCAGCAGCUAUUCGCCAAGCAGGAGCAGCAGCCACUGCAGCAGCAGUCCACGCAGGGCGGCACGCAGCAGGCACAGACGCAGUCGUCGGCGGGCGUAGAGAACAGCGGCUAUCAGGACUCGAACGGAGCCAUAGCCAAAGAUCAGGUGGGCGGUGGGGUCGUGGGGUCACUUCUACAGGACCCCGCCGAGUCGGAGGUCUACUUUGCGGACGUCAGCAGCUGCUGCAACAUGUCCGUGAAGAACGACAACUACUACGACAACGCCCACCGCCACCAGGGGCACCAUCAUCAUCAGCACCAGCACAGCAACUGCAGCCACAGCAGCACUCAGAGCAACGCCAACACCAACAACUCCUCGGCGAACGAGGACUAUCUGGCCCAGAGAUUCGGACGACGCGAGCACUCCAUACGCAGUCGCUUGCCCAUUCCCCAGGCCCGCCUCGAGGACGACUACGAGAGCUCCAACCUCAAUAUGCCGACGAUGAAGGAGCAGCAGCAGCAGCAGCAGCAGCUGCAGAAGGAGAUCUCGCGCCAGAGCAUGUGCUCCGUGGAGUCGGAGGCCAAGACUGAGUUCACCGACCUGUCGCCAUCGACGCCCUGCGGAGGAUCGCUUCCUCCGCCGCCCGCAAACUUUGCCAGCGAUCCGCCGUGCACGACGGGCCAGCAGUCGCCGAGCUUUGUGGCCUCGUUCCCGUACUCCUCGGAGUCGCAGUGCCUGGAGGCGCAUCGCCGCUCGACAAAGAACAUCCACGAGCUGCUCAUGGCCGGUGGUGGGACCUCAACUGUAGGGGCCGACUCCCACUACGAGGUCAUCAACGAUAGGAAUAAUCCAGUGGCCGGCUAUCAGCUGCAGCGCGCCAUCGCCGGCGGCAGCCACAAGCACAAGUCCAAGUCGAAAACGCGUUCGCGGGAGCAGCUGGACAUCUAUGGGAGUGGAGGAGCCGAUCGCUCCGACUGGUCCUCGGACGGGGGACGUUUGUGAGGCCAAGCGAGCGACGAGGUGUUUGUCUAGACGGAGCGGAGCAGUGCAGUGGUUUCAUCAUCAUUAUAUACUCAGUAAGGACGGGACUGUGUCCCCGUCUCUCCCUUUUGGUUUGUCCCACACCCACUAAAUAUCGUCGCAUUUGUAAUGUUUGCCAUCCAACAGAGGAACAACACUUCCUCCCUCUCUCUCCAACUCAAGGGCCCCGGCCACACACUUUGCUUUAACUAUUUUACGCGAAAUAUCCUUUGCAUAGUAGAUAUAUGUAUAGUUUAUAUUGAAUAUUGAAUAUUUACUAAUGGUAACGUAACAAAAUAUUGUAGCAUUGAAUUGAAUGUUGAGCAAUUGUAGCAAUGAUGGCGCUGUGCGACAGUGAUUUGGCACUUUGCACGGAACAAAAACUAGGUUGUAGGCCUACCUUCGAAUUCGGUAGCAUUUUAUAUAUUUUUGUUUUUUUUUUUUGUCAUUAAUUCCCAACAAAAUAAGCUACUAAUUAUUAACAUUGUCCAAAGAAUGUCAAAGAUGCGAAUUUUGAAGUUGAUCAAUCGCGGUUUUUGAAUUAAGAAUAAAGAUUUUGGGGGUUCAAAGGGCGACGAGGAUGUCAUCUACUUAUCCAGGCCUACAGCCCAGUUUUUGUCUCGUGCCAAGUGCUUUCAAAAGUUUCCAUUUUGUCGCACAGUGUAAUCUAUGAAUAUUAUUAUACAAAUUAUGUUAUAUUUACCUGCGUAUUUACAUAGUUGCAUACAUAUACAUACAUACACACCUACACACAUAUACAUAUACAUAUAUAUAGUAUAUAUAUACAUAGUUAGUUAAAUGUUAGAGCGCAAGUUAAAUUUAUUAAAGAACAAAGUAUAUCCGAAGCAUUUUAACAACAACGAAUCGUCG